AAAAUACACACACACAACUCUUCAGCGUUAAAAAUGUUAGUGUAAUAGUCAAAGAACCGGAACAGUUCAUAUAGUAGUUUGUUGUUGGUUGGUAAUUUAGUGUUAAAAUGGAUAAUAAAAGUGUGACAGCCUCGAAGUGAAAUGCUUUAUACAAAAUUUGCUGUGUUAUAAAAGUUGAUCGUGUUAUAUUAAAUAUGAUAUUCUAGGUAAAAAUCUAUUAAUCUAUAUAGGAAAAAUGUCAACGCUGGAUAGGUUUCACAAAGCUGCAAAAGAUGGCAUUUUAGAAGUCUUAAAGGAGGCAUCCAGUAAAGACUGUAAUGGUCGAGAUGAACAGGGAAUGACACCAACUCUAUACGCAGCUUUCUAUGGAAAUCUAGAAGUGCUGAGACUUCUUUGUGGUCGAGGUGGCGAUCCUGACAAAUCAGAUUUAUUUGGGAACACUGCGCUACAUUUGGCUGCAGCGCAAGGUCAUAUGCACAUCGUUACAUUUCUAGUAAAUUUCGGUACCAAUAUUUACAAUACUGAUAUAGAUGGAAGAACUGCGCAGGAAUUAGCAGGAAUUAACAAUCGAGAUGAUGUUUUAAGGUUCCUAGAUGGGGUUACAGCUAAAAUCGAGGCAAGCGAUAAAAAGAAAGUUAAAGCAAUGAAGGAAAAAGCAAAGGAGAAUGCUAAGAAAAGAAUUAAGAACUACAAUAAGCAAAAAGCUAAAACAGAAUAUUUUCAUGACAAAUUAGAACGCCGUCAAAGCAAACCAUCCAUGAUUAAUACUAUAAAAGCGAGAAUAAAAAGUGGCUCCAUGUCCAAUCUAGCAAACUUGCCAAGUGAACGAAAAACCAACACAUUUAGCAAUCUAGUAAUGGGAGGCACCAUUAAAGCUUCAAAAAAUAUUGGAACUGUACAAAGAAAAAUUCUAGCAAAUAAGAAUAAUAGAAUGGGAGGACAGAAUGACGACAACGAUUUUAAGGUCUCAGUAACUGAAAAUGGAAAAUCGUCAUUCUCCAAGCUAACAGGAAUCAAAAGAGAUUCUGAAAUAAUGUAUGGUGCUUCUGUACAGCGAUCAAUUUACGACUCCCAUCAAAGAGGAAGACUAGAGGGUCUUUUUAAUGAAGCUGAACAAAUUGGUUCAAAUGCACCUCCUCCCCCAACUAACGGAAUGAUCAGAAGUGUGUCACAGCCUGAUUUUUUAGUAGAACUUGAGAAAAAUGGUGAUAAACCCUUACAUGAUAUAGGAGGUAUAUUUGUGAGGCCUGGAAUGGGUAGCAUAGUGAGUAGGAAGACUAUGAAUUCCUUUGGGGCAUUUUACCAACACCCUAACAAGCCCGAAGAGAGUUCAAUUGGAUCUGGAGAAAGUUAUACACAAAGAAUAAUAACUGAUGAUGAGUUAUCAGAUGGUGAAUAUGAAGAAGACCAAGAUGACAACCCAAAUGCCCCUCUCCAAAGGUUUCUUACAGCAUUUGGACUCCAAGACUACCUGCAUAGGUUUGAAGAACAGAAAAUUGACCUCGAAACAUUGCUAAUACUUACAGAAAAUGAUUUAAAAAGUCUUAACUUACCACUUGGACCUUAUAGGAAGCUUGCCAAUGCCAUUAACGAGAGAAAAAGCGCUCUGGAGAAUCCUGGGGAAGUUACUGAUAGCGCUUUGUGAUUUUUGUGACUAUUGAUUUUCCGAUAUUAAACUUAUUAUUUAUGACAAAAAAAAAAGUUAUAUUUAUGAUAGGAUGACAUUAAAAUCAAUUGUACGAAUGUCAAAUUGGAUGUGAGUUUUUUGUUUACUUAAUAGGUUUUUAAUUAGUCUAACUUCUGUGCUUUUUAUUUAGUGUGUUUAUAUUUUUGCUCAGUAAAAUUAAAAUGUGCAUCAAA